AUGCGAUUCGCGCCGAUGCCGGGACAGGGUGUCAUGACGGCCCCACCCCAGUCCACCGUCACGAUCGUCACUCAUCAGCUCGCCCCUGGACAAUGCCCCACCUGCCAAGCUGGGGUGUUGGUUGACGACUUCACUUGCUGCGGGAUCACGAUGGCCAUAUGCUUCUUCCCGAUCGGGAUCCUCUGCUGUCUGGCCAUGCAAGAGAAGAAAUGCUCCAAUUGUGGAUCCACUUUCAGUUGAAACCGUUCCGUUUCUUGCUGCUCCGUCGCGAUCGCCGUGUGAUUUGUAUCGAAAGACGUAUGCCAAAUGGGGAAAUCGAUGUAUCGUUCGAAGCAUCAAACCAAAUUCUGCAUUUAGAAGUAUUUAUAGAAAUCGAAAAAAAAAAUUCCCGACGCAUAGUAAACGUCGAUAAAUGUGAAACAGAAAGGGAAACAGUCGGCUCUCUGCAGUGAAAGUUUCCAGCUGGAGAGGUUAGAAAGUUCAUUUUUGCUUUACUGGAUAAAGCGAGAGAAAAACUAGAAUAUUUGUAACAUUGAAUGAUAAUCCCCCCCUCCCCGACAAUCAGAGAUUAUAGAUGUAGCCCAUGGCUCGAGGAAUCCUUUUAUUAGUUUCUUUUUAUUCUUUUGUUUCAACGUGUGUGGUGCAACUCUUGCAAUCGAUAUGUCUUUCCUAUGAUCGUCUCAUUAACCCUUCGUCACGAAUCACAGGAUUUUCCUACGCCGUGCAUGUUUUCAACUGUCUUCGGGCCCUUUUUUUUUGCUGGUUUCAGUGUAUUUUGCUUUCGGUUCGCCUUUAUCAUUUCGGGAUUCCACAGCCUAGCAGCUUUCAGGCUCGAUUGCAUCUUCAUCGGCUUCGAUUCUGUUCCUAUUAGAUUACGAAGCCAAUUAAUGGACACCCUGCGGCUAGGGUUUGCAAAAGAAAAAAGUGGUAUCAUGAUUCAAGCAUUAUUGAUGACGUUCGCGAUGUUUGUUUCUUUGUGUUCUUUAAUUGGAUAUAUAUAUAUAUUUUGCUCCCGGUGUGAUCCCGAUCCUUGGAACAUUUGUUCACGGCAAGAAAAAAUUUCGUUUGUCCCCAUUGACAAAUUAGACGAUAUUCUAACGUUAACGGAAGAAUAUGCGGGUGCAUUAAACGACGUAUAAACCAAUCGAAAAGAAUUUCGUUUCUCAUCCCCGAAUUUCCACGCUGCAUUCAGGUACUUCCGCUAUGUAAUCAAACACGAAAAAAAAA